GUGGCCACCAUGAAUGAGGGGACUGGCGGGGGCGAGCUCGCAGAUUUCCUCACUCUGAUCCCGGACCUUCUAGAGGCGGGCAAUGCGAGUGGCAACGCGUCGCUGCAGCUCAAGGACUGGUGGUGGGAGCUGGGACUGGAGUUGCCCGACCGUGCGGGCAGCGGCGGUGGUCUGCGGCUCCUCAUCGUUGUGGUCUACUCAGUGGUUUGCGCGGUGGGGUUGGCAGGCAACCUACUGGUGCUCUACCUGAUGCAGAGCAAGCAGGGCUGGCGCAAGUCCUCCAUCAACCUCUUCGUCACCAAUCUGGCGUUGACUGACUUCCUGUUCGUGCUCACCCUGCCAAUCUGGGCGGUGGAGAGCGCGCUUGACUUCAAAUGGCCCUUCGGCAAGGCCAUGUGUAAGAUUGUGUCCAUCAUGUCGUCCCUAAACAUGUACGCCAGCGUCUUCUUCCUCACCGCCAUGAGCGUGACGCGCUACUACUCGGUGGCCUCGGCUCUCAAGAGCCACCGGACUCGAGGGCAUGGCCCUGGCGGCUGCUGCUGCCUGAGCUUGGAGGACAGCUGCUGUUUCUCGACCAAGGUACUGUGCGUGUUGAUCUGGGCCUCAGCCACGUUGGCCUCGUUGCCCAAUGCCAUCUUCGCCUCCACGACCAAAGUGCUGGGCGAAGAGCUGUGCCUGGUGCGCUUCCACGACCAGCUGCGGCCGGGGGACAGGCAGCUCUGGCUGGGCCUCUACCACACGCAGAAGGUGCUGCUGGGCUUUGUGCUGCCUCUGGGCAUCAUUAGCCUGUGCUACCUGCUACUGGUGCGCGUCAUCUCCCACCACCGCGUGGCAGGAGCCCAUGGCGGGGCCGUGGCGUCCGGAGGAGGCCUUGCUGAAGCCAGCGCCCGGAGACGGUCCAAGGUCACCAAAUCGGUGACCAUCGUGGUCCUGUCUUUCUUCCUGUGUUGGCUGCCCAACCAGAUGGUCACCGCCUGGGGCAUCCUCAUCAAGCUCGACGUGGUGCCCUUCAGCAACGAGUACUUCCUCUUCCAUCAGUACGCGCACCCCCUGAGCGUGUGCCUGGCUCACUGCAACAGCUGCCUCAACCCAAUUCUCUACUGCCUGGUGCGCCGCGAGUUCCGCAAGGCGCUCAAGAGCCUGCUGUGGCGCAUUGCGUCGCCCUCACUCACCAGUAUGCGCCCCUUCACAGCCACCACCAAGCCGGAGCCCCAAGAUCAGGGGCUGCGGGCCCUGGCGCCGCUGCAGGCAGUCCCGGAGCCCGACCUGCUCUACUACCCGCCUGGCGUGGUGGUCUACAGCGGGGGGCGCUGCGACCUGCUGCCCAGCAGCUCCUCCUACUGA